AGGGAAGCAUGAUGAUCCUUUGGAUUCCUGCAGGGCACUUAAGUGAGAGCAGCUAUUGUUUCAUGUUUUUGGAGGGAGGCACUCUGUUUUGGACUGAUGGAGGAAGUUACAUCAGCAUGCAUAAUGAAGCAGUGGGAGAGCAACUUGUACUGUUUGGAAGUGGACACUCUCUGUUCUCACGGUCUGACAAGUGGCAGUGAAAAAUGCUUCCUGAGAACAUUUACUGUGUGUAAAAGCACAUGCAAAAGAGGAGAAGGAAAGCUAGAAAAAAUGUCAAGUGAAAUUAUUAGAAUGACAUGGACUUCUGUACAGUUUGCAUUGUCUUGACAAAGUGGAUUUUAUGGAAUCAUUUUUUACAUUGAAUUCAGAACAGAGGAAGUGUCAACAUGAAUCACCGAGCUACAGCUCCGAAGACAAGAGGUGAUAAUUAUCUGAGCAUAAAGGACUCGGAGUCCCUUGACACCUACAUCCAGAACACUCUCUCUGCAUUAUACCCACCUUUCGAGGCCACAGCUGCCACUGUCCUGUGGCAGCUUUUCAGCAUAGUUGAAAAGCUGUAUCGAGGAGAUGGCCUCAGGUGCCUAAUUGAUUUCCUUGUCCCUGCCAAGAGAGCCUUACAGUGCAUUCAGCAAGAAACCUGUGCUAAAUACACUGGUCUUAUUUUCUACCAUGAAGGCUGGCCACUGUGCAUCCAUGAAAAAGUGGUAGUACAGUUAGCAUCUCUUCACAGAGUCCGUCUGAAACCAGGCGAUUUCUACUUACAAAUUCUUCCGGCUGGGAAGCAGUCAGCAAAACUAAUUUUAAAAUGCCUCUCCCGACAUGGACAAGGAAUGGAAGAAGUUAUUGUACCUGAAACCAUGUAUGGAUGUGUUUUUACAGCAGAAUUUUUGGAAAAUGUAAAUUGUGAAAGGGGGAGUGUUCCCUUGCAAAGCUGCUUACUUACCACUGGCCCAGCUGUAUAUAGAACACCUUGGAAGAAUAUAGUGAAUCCUAUUUUUGUCCCUACAGCUGAAACAAUCCUGCAUAAUUAUUCCAGUAGCCCUCUCCUCAACCGGUUAAUCAGUAAUAAUACUGAUGUGAAAACAAUGACACAGACCAUGGAGAGCAAUAGUUCACAUGACAGUUCCACUUCCAAUGAUACUGGCUCUACAGUCAUAGAAGCAACACUUACCGAUAAUCAUGGAAACCAAGGGAGUGAAGUGUAUAGUCCAGUUCAUACUGCGGAAAGUAGGGCAGAAUUAGAAUUCCCUGGAACCGCAGCUGAGGAGAGCAAAGGAGAGUACGUAAAUCUCAGCACGUUGACUAAGGACUGCCCCAGCAUGAUGGAGAGGGCUUUACCACAGGCCACUGAGCCUGAAAUGACACCUGAAGUAUUAAAAGGUGGAGCAUUAUCUCCCAUAAUGGAGAAAAAGAGCAGCAUCAAAAGCAUAACUUUCAGCACAGAUUUGAGCAGUCCUUGUCCAAGAAGACGACAACUCAGGGAUUCUUCAUAUUUUGAGACAAGGCGCUUGUUUAGAAAGUCAUACAUGGAAGCUUUGCAAAACCCAAUGAAUCUUGGUUCCAGCUCAGAGGAGUCAAUUGCAGAAGAGGAGUCUUCAGACCAGACAGUGGACUCAUAUGAAGUGAAUGAUGACUUGAGAAUCUCUGAGAGCAAAUCUUGUGAGAAACAGAUUGAGAAGGAAGAUUCUCUUGCUGAUAGACUUGCACCAAAGGAGGAAACAAGAGCAGUCAUAAGGCCUGAAGAUUGUUCACAGGCCUCAGAAAAACUGCUUGUACCUCAUGAAACUUUCUCAAUAGCAGAGUGCAGGGCUGGACCGAGAAGGUCUCGGUCUUUAGAUAGGUCACAUAAGAGUUCGCGUUGCAAGGAUCAUAGUCCAGGGUUGUUCUCAGAUAAUUCAGCAAGUGCAAACCCUAAAAAGCUCUUAAAUGGACAUGCGUUAAGACUGGGGAAGUUGGACUCCAAUGGUCAUUUAUUCAUUACGGUGAAAAGCAACAAAUGCAACAAAGAGGUUGAAGAUUUUCCGCAGCACUCAACAGUAAUAGACUCAAGAAACAGUUUCCAGGGUGAGCAUAGCACAAUUACAAAUGCAUCUCCUGAGCUAUUCCAUUGUGAGAGUGAGCUGCUGUCUACAAAUGCUGGAGACCUUUGUCACAGAUUACCAAACCAAUUACUUGAAAUCAACCAGGAAUUACUGCAGUCUGGAGUCAUUUCUCUAUGUGGAAGCCGAGACCGGGGUGGCAGAGCAGUGGUGCAAGUCUGCACAAGAAAUACCAUCUGGUCAAGUGAACAUUCCACAAGUACAGAGCUUGCUCGUCUUCUGAUGUAUUUCUAUAGCAUUCCCAGGAAGGAAGUACGUGAUCUGGGGCUCGUUAUUUUAGUGGAUGCUCGUAAGUGCCAGCCUAGUCCUGGUCUUUUCAAAGCUUUCACAGCGUUACAGAGUGCAGUUCCUCACUCCAUUCAUAGUGUCCUGAUAUUGACUGAGAAGGAAUCUGCAUUUAGACCUGACAAAGAUACUGCAAUUCAGUAUGAAGUCCUCACAUCACUGAAGGCUCUGCAAAAGCACAUUGACUGUACCCAGUUGACAGCAGAAUUUGAUGGAGCCUUUCUGUAUAACCACCAUGACUGGAUACGUUUCCGAAAGAAACUGGAACCCUUUAUUACAAACUGCAAAGAGGCCAUUGUCUUUCUACAGAACUCAGUCUGUUCGCUGAACUCCAACAGAACCCUAAGUACAGUGCAGGAAGUCAGUGACUUAAUCGACAAACACAAGACAAUGAUGAAACUUGUUUUGGAAGAUGCCUUGCUGGUAACAUUAAGGCUAGAGGGUGGGACAAUCCUUGCAAGACUCAGGAAAGAGGAAUUCUGCAAUACAGAAGACUACCGAGAUGCCAUGGAGGCGAUAACAAGUUUGUACAAUCAAGUAGAUGAGGAGGUCCAUAGGCUAGUUCUCAUAUCGAAUAAGUGUCUGCAACAACUGGAGAAUCUCCAGGAAAUAAGAAAAUUUGAAGAAGAUUGUGACCAGAUAAAACUCUGGUUUGAAAAUGAAAGCGAGAGAUAUCUUGGCCCCUUAGAUCAAGAGCUGCUUUCUCUGGAAAGUGUGAAGAAGCAGCAAGAAGAAUUCAGAGUUUUCAGUGACAAAGUGAUGCAAUAUUGUGAGAAAGGGCUGCAGCUGAUACAAAAGAACUGCUCAUUGAACUUGGAAGAAAAAGUUCAGGACUUCAGGAGUUAUUUGAGUAAUAUCAGCACUCAGACAGAGAAAAGGAAGAGUGAGCUGGAGAAGCUGAUUCACUUGUAUGAGUUUUACGAGACGGCACAUGGGUGGAUGUUACACUGUAAUGAAUAUCUUGAACAUCUUACUGUGGAGAACAAAUACUCUCAAUCAGUGAUUCAGAGUUUGCAGAGCUACCACCAAGAAGCUACAAAAGUUUCUGCAGAAAACUUUCAAAAAGUGAAUGAGAUGGUAUUGGGUCUGGCUAGCAAAAAGGAACUGAAACAAUGGAAUAUUUUAUGGCUAAAAUGUCAGCAAACAAGGCACCAUUUAGAAGAGGUCCUUUCUGAAGCUCUCAAAGGUUCCAACAAAGAAACUUCUCGCAGAGUUCCCCAGGAAGCUGAUGCAAAAGUUAACUGUGAGUUUGAUACUGAAGGUGCUAGACAACCAAGUCAGUCCCUUUCUCGACUGUCUUCUAGCACUGAUAAUAACAUUUGGGAUAAUAAUGUUAAGCCAUUGCAUAAACCUCAGCAUACAAGCCUGCCAUCAGGAGUACCACCUUUUUUAGACCAGGAGAACACCAAUCAAAAUAUGGAUGUAUAUGUGCCGUUUAAUGCAUCUCCACCACAGACAUUUACUCCUCUCUUGGGUGGGCUUCAAAAAACUAGCCCAAUCUCAGAAGAUAUGGACAAUGUUUCCACCUCAGGAUCAGCCUCCUGCUAUUCGGAGCCAGUCCAGUCACCAACUACCCGCCACAGAAAACAUCCACUUAAGAAAAUCAUGAAGAAAACUCAAAGCUUUGAGUUUACUCAGCGCGAGAGCAGCUACAGCGAGUUGCACCGGCAUGGAUACACUGGAGUUUAUAUCAAGGGAUUGGAGGUGGCCAGCAGUGUUGCUGCUGAGAAGAAAUACAUGCAGCGCUUGACUAUUAAAAGCCCUUUGAUUAGUAGAAACCGCAGUUUAUCUUCCCCAUCAAGGAUCCAUCAUACAGAAGAAGAAGAUAAAAAGAGAGCAGGAAGCAGCAAAGUGCAACAUAUAAUGGAUGAAAUGAUCACAACAGAAAGGGAAUAUGUUAGAUCCUUAGGAUAUAUCAUCGACAACUAUUUUCCAGAAAUGGAAAGAAUCGAUUUACCUCAGGAUUUGCGAGGGAAGCGGAAUAUUAUCUUUGGGAACCUGGAGAAGCUUUAUGAUUUCCAUUGCCAGUAUUUUCUAAAAGAGCUGGAACACUGCAGAGACUUCCCACUGCGUGUCAGCCACUGUUUUCUCAGACAUGAAGAACAGUUUGGAAUGUAUGCGUUAUACAGCAAGAACAAACCACAAUCGGAUGCUUUGCUUACAAGCCAUGGAAAUGCAUUCUUUAAAAAUAAACAACAGGAUUUGGGUGAUAAGAUGGAUCUGGCUUCCUAUCUGCUGAAGCCUAUUCAAAGAAUGAGCAAAUAUGCUCUUCUUCUAAAAGAUAUGAUCAAAGAGUGCACUAAGACCCAAGAGCAGGAGCUCAAUGAUCUCAGGGCAGCUGAAGAAAUGGUGAAAUUCCAGCUUCGCCAUGGAAACGACUUACUUGCUAUGGAUGCCAUUAGAGGGUGUGAUGUCAAUCUGAAAGAACAAGGACAGCUGAGAUGUCAAGAUGAGUUUAUUGUUUGCUGUGGAAGAAAGAAGUAUUUGAGACAUGUCUUCCUUUUUGAAGACCUCAUCUUGUUUAGCAAAACAAAAAAGAUUGAUGGGGGAUAUGACAUCUAUAUGUACAAACAGUCAUUCAAGACGGCUGAGAUUGGGAUGACAGAGAAUGUUGGAGACAGUGGUCUACGGUUUGAAAUCUGGUUUAGAAGGAGGAGGAAAUCCCAGGACACGUACAUCCUUCAAGCCAACUCAACAGAAGUUAAAAUUGCUUGGACCAGUAUCAUAGGAAGGAUUCUUUGGAGACAAGCUCUGAGAAAUCGAGAACUCAGAAUGCAAGAAAUGGUGUCAAUGGGAAUAGGCAAUAAACCUUUCAUGGAUAUCAAGCCCAGUGAAGCAGCCAUAAGCGACCGAGCAAUAGAUUACAUCAUGAAGGGAACAGAAUCAAGAUCUCGAGCAUCAGUAGCCGUGUCUUCAUUUGACCACUCCACUCCAUUUAAAAGGCCGCAUUCCACUAUCUCAAACAGUAGCACAUCUUCCUCAAGCAGCCAGUCCUCUUCUUCCAUUUUGGGAUCACUGAACCUGCAUGUGUAUUCCAGCCCACCUCAUCCAGGCUUAUUAGGACCACCCUUCUACCACUGGUCAUAUGAUAUUAGAACCUGCAUUGAGGAAGAUGAACUGGAGCAGGAAACUGGCAGUCAGCCUUCAAUGAUCACAGAGAGUUCAGAAUCAUCCCAGUGCACUUCGGGUGAAAGUGUGAGUGGUUUUAGUUGCUCUGUCCAUCCUGGAUUGUCCCAGCUCUCUACAGAGACAUUCUUGAAUGAAGGUGCUUCAAAUCCUGGCUCUAAACCUCCUUCCCAGUGCACAUCUCCUGCUCUCCCUGAGAAGAAUCCUAGAUCAAAACAUACCAACCAGUAUGUCACAGCGAACAAAACCUCUCAUGUAUUAGGCCUCUCAACAAUGGUUUGACUGACAGGCAUAAAUUCACUAUGAGUCAAAUUACUAUGAAGACAUUUUCAGCUAUGCUGACCCUGCUAUUGCAGAGCAUCCCAAAUUCACUUUGUGAU